AAACACACCCCAUGAGAGACUCAUUAUCUUUAUUUUUGGGGUCUAGUGGUGUUGUCUACCUUACAAAUUAAAAGAGUGAGUACACACUCAUUAGUCCUCACUGAAACUGAGUUUAAUGGUUCCCUUGAUGGUCAACCACUUGAGCUCCUGUUCAAUCAUUUUGGACGUUGGGACAAGGCAUUAGAAUUAGAUAAGACAUGGUUAAUCACAUCACAGGUUUCUCAUGUGACCAAUUCUUAUCAAGUUUUCUGCUUUUGCCGCUUACUCCACUAGUGACUAGUGUCCACACACACAGAAAGAAGUGUCAUUUUCUUUGUGCUGAUAUCAGUGAUAUGUAGCUAACUUUGAUGUGCUCAGAUAUCUAACUUUUUCACAUACAUGUGUUUAUCUUCCUGCUACUUUUCUUGGGUUUCAGUUUCCGUUCAAAUUCCUUUCCAUUUGAGAAAAAUAUGGGAUUUUCAGUGCAUUAAUUAAACAUUCCUCAUAUUCCAUGCAAUCUGUGUGAAACUGCAUCAUUUUUCCCCUGCAUCAUUUUUCCUCUGAUUGAUGCUAUAUCUUGUUCCAAAUUACCUUUGAAUCCUGCCAGUGAUGGCAGAAAUUAGGCCUACCCGGGUGGAGCAAGAUCAAACCAAGAUCAGAAGUGUUCCAAUUGCUGUAACCCCUGAAGGAUUUUGGUGUUGCCCUUCCCCUGCAGUGUUUCAGAAAACCCUGAAGACUCAAAGUCCUCUGAAUAAGCCUAAACCCUCUUCACCAAAUCCAAACACUAGUGCUCAGAAAAGAGAAGUUUCAGUGAGUGAUGAGAGAAGAACAGUACCUGCCCCAUCAAGGAUGGUGGAUUCAGAUGCUCAACAAUGUUCUGUGGCUGCAGAGAGAGCUGUUCCCAAACCCAAAACUGAAAAAACUCUGCCCAAAAAGGUGGCUAUUGAGUUUGGUGAACCUGGAACUUGUGAUAUGAAGGUGGUUCUAACCGGAAAGCAGGGGUUUUGUGUGAAGUUGAGCUUGCACAGGGAUGUUCUAACAGAGAAGAGUAGUUUCUUUGCUGAGAAAUUCUAUGAGGAUUGUGGUUUGUCAUUUCUCCGAGUUGAUGAUUGUGAGGAUGUUGAAAUGUUUGUUGAAACGGUUGGGCUUAUGUACUGCAGAGAAAUGAAACAGCGGCUCAUGAAGCAAACGGUUUCUCGCAUCCUCCGAAUACUCAAGGUUGCAGAAUUCCUUGGCUUCAGCUUAUGCAUCCAAUCAUGUUUGGAGUACUUGGAGGCAGUCCCCUGGGUUGGAAAAGAAGAAGAAAAGGUGGUGUCAACUGUACUAAGACUCCAACGAGAAGGAACCGGGGUCAAUCCCGUGCUGAAACGUGUUUCUUUUGAUGCUUCUAAUGGCCCAAAAGACACUCUAUCCCAUAUUCUUGAGCUUGUUCUCAAAAGCAAUGAGGAGAGAGGUCGCCGAGAGAUGAAAUCCAUAGUUCUAAAGCUCCUCAGAGAGAAUAACAGAUUUCCAUGCCCUGCGGGUUCAGAUGACAUCUGUAACAAUGACAUGAUUUAUAGGUCAUGCAGAAGCUGCUUGGAUUCUCUAUUAUCUCUGUUCAACCAGGCUGCAGAACUAGGCUUUGCAGACACACCUAGUGAUAACAGAGAACCUGUAGUGAAACAUAUAGCUCUUGAAGCUGAUAACUUGUUAUGGUUGCUUGAGAUUUUAUCCGACAAACAAGCCGCGGAUGAGUUUGCCCUGAUGUGGGCAAACCAGCAGGAAUUGGCUGCUCUACAUGGAAAGCUGCCUAUCGUAUUUCGUUAUCACGUCAGCUGCAUUUCAGGAAGACUAUAUGUCGGAAUUGGAAGAGGGGAGUUAUUACCGUUGAAAAACACGCGCCGGCUGCUGUUACAGACAUGGCUGCAACCUCUGAUCAACGACUACAACUGGUUGCAGCAUGGAUGCCGGUCAUUUGAUUGGAAACUUGUGGAGGAAGGAAUCGGAAGGACGAUUCUCACCUUGCCUUUGGAAGAACAACAAAAUAUUUUGCUUUCUUGGGUUGGAAGUUUCUUGAAAAGUGGUGAUGGAUGUCCCAAUCUUCAAAGAGCUUUUGAGGUUUGGUGGCGGAGAACUUUCAUUAAACCAUAUGUGGAAGGACAAGGUAAUGCUAUGCCAAAUAGUUAACUGAAUGUUGUCAAAGCAGCAUGUGGUAUGUUCAAUUGUUCAUGGAUAUAUCUUAAAAUGGGUUUGAAAUUUCUCUUUUUAGUUGACAGAGGAAGUGCAAUGAUAUGUUGAUUUGUCUCCUGACUUAUACCAAGACUUGUUGUAUAUAUGGUCAUUGCAUGAUUUGAUAGCGGGUACUGAGUAAAAAUGACAUGAUGUAUACAAA